AUGAAUCAAGUGUUAGCAGUCAACGAUAACGAUUUAGAUGUGGUCGUUCAAUGUGGGGUCAACUGGCAACAGCUCAAUGAGGAUUUAGAGCCGUAUGGGUUAAUGUUUGGCACUGAUUGUGGACCGCUGGGGUUGAUUUCUGGAAUGAUUGCCACCAAUGCUUCUGGUAUCAAUGCUUCACGGUAUGGAGCAAUGUCUGCUAACGUGAUUUCCGUGACGGCAGUGUUGGCAGAUGGAACCGUGGUCAAGACUCGACAAAGGCCGAGAAAGACGUCGGCUGGGUACAACUUGACUAGCUUAUUUGUUGGCAGCGAAGGCACGUUGGGGAUUGUUACUGAAGCUGUAGUCAAGGUGUAUCCAAAACCCAAAAGUGAAUCGGUUGUUGUGGUACAAUUUCCCCUGAUAUCGCAUGCUACAAAUACUGUUGCACAAGUGUUUCGCCUGGGAAUACAGCNACCAACGGCGAUUGAAUUCUUGGAUGCAAACAUGAUACAUUGUUUGAAUUACGGCGAGUACACCAGUGAACCAAUGAUGGAGGUGCCUACAAUACUUUUCAAGCUCGGUGGAAUAAACGAUACAGUGGUGAAAGAAAGUGUUAAAGUUUUACAAGCGAUAACAAAAGAGAAUGAUGCUUCUAGUUUUAAAUUUGCUAGAAACAAACAAGAACAAGAGGAGCUUUUUUCUGCUAGGAAGAAUGCAUUGUACGCCUUGACCAGCUGGAGUCGUAGCGAAAUUGAUGAAGAUGUGCGAAUGUGGCCUACUGAUAUUGCCGUCCCAUUAUCUCGAUUAUCUCACGUUUUGACAAUCAUCAACGGGUGGAUAGAAGAUUCGCCUUUUAAAUCAGCAAUUGUUGCCCAUGCAGGUGAUGGAAACUUCCAUGCAAGUGUCUUUUACAAGAAAGAUCAACGUGAUGAAGUUGAGCGGAUGUUGAACAAGAUGGUUGAGUUAGGUAUAGCCAAUGAAGGCACAGCUACUGGUGAACAUGGAAUUGGGAACUCGAAGCGCAUUUUCCUACAAUUGGAACUUGGUGAAGAUACAAUAGAUAUGAUGAGAAAGAUUAAAAUGGCAUUAGAUCCAAACAGAAUAUUGAAUCCUGAUAAAGUGUUUAAAAUUGAUCCUGAAGAUAAUGGAAAGCAUUGA